UUUUGUUUAAGUAGUACCUGAUCGUCGCGGUCUGGCCCUCCCCCCCGUUAUGGACUUCAUUGUUGCAUGCCGCCCGUCACUGCCCCUCUCAUCCUACGGGGUACCCAUAUCACCAUGGGUGCUGCGAAGGCAUCGCGCUUACACUGGACGAUUCCCCCUACCUUUCUGAUCGCCCUAGGCGGCGGGGUGCUUUACGUCGCUGGCGGUCGAUCCCUCUCGAAUAAGCAACAUCUGCUGCAGGCCGAACCCAAAUUCUUCUUUUCGACUAGUUCUUCUGUCUUCGCGGACAAAGACUCGAAGAAGACCUCUUCGCUCAGCGAUUACCUGCCGGGACAUGGCUCGAAACACGACACCCACCAUGGGGAUGCGGGGUCGAUCUGGACAAACAUCAUGGGCAAGUUCGAGGGGGUCAAAUUAUCCGUGGGUACCCCGGACUGGAUUGAACUAGAGAAUCUCAAAAACUACAUAAUACCCGAUUGGACCCGACUACUGCCCGCAUCCGUGCAGAAGCUCCAGCGGGAGCUAUCGAUGGCUCCGGGCUCCCUGGCCGACGAGAUCUGGAAAGAAGCUCACGAUCCGGACAUCAACCCUGAGAUACUGCGAAAAGCAAGUGUUCGUGUUGGGGAUACUCUGUGUGAUGAGGAAUUGGUGUAUAGAGAAAGACGGCAAAAAUACGCCGUCAGGGCCCUUGCGUCCUAUUUGAAUAUCAGGGAAGAGGACAUCCAUCCCGACGAUGUACCGAUCAUAGCUAUGUGUGGCUCGGGAGGAGGACUACGUGCGCUUGUCGCCGGUACGGGUUCGUAUCUCGCCACUCAGGAGGCCGGGCUCUGGGAUUGCGUGACUUAUACUGCAGGAGUGAGUGGAAGCUGCUGGCUACAGACUUUGUACCAUUCGUCCAUUACUGGGCGUAAUUUCAACAAACAGGUUGACCACCUGAAAAACAGGCUAGGAAUUCAUCUAGCAUUUCCCCCUGCAGCACUUAAGCUGCUGACCACUGCGCCCACCAACAAAUAUCUCUUGAGUGGAUUGGUCGAGAAGCUCAAGGGUGAUCCCGGUGCAGACUUUGGCCUGGUCGAUAUAUACGGCAUGCUACUGGCUGCACGAUUGCUGGUCCCGAAGGGCGAGCUCGGAGUCUGUGAUCGAGAUCUCAAACUAUCUAACCAACGAUACAACCUCACCAAUGGAGCCCACCCUCUUCCUAUCUAUACUGCUGUUCGCCAUGAGAUUCCCACGGAGAUUCAAGAUGAGCAUGGCAAACAACCUAAGCCCGAAGACAUCAUCAAAGAGUCGAAGAAUGAAGCCUGGUUCCAAUGGUUUGAGUUCACACCAUAUGAGUUCUUCUGCGAGGAACUUGGAGCAGGCAUACCCACAUGGGCUCUAGGCAGACACUUCUACGGUGGCGCCAACGUCAAGCGCGAACAGAUCUCGCCAAUUCCCGAGCUCCGCGUUCCAGGUCUGAUGGGCAUCUGGGGUAGCGCUUUCUGUGCUACGCUGUCCCACUAUUACAAGGAGAUUCGACCCGUUGUGCGAGGCAUCACGGGACUCGGUGGCAUUGAUUCCUUGAUUCAAGGGAAGACGAAGGACUUGAUCCGGGUCCACCCUAUUGAUCCAGCUGCAAUCCCGAACUACGUCUUAGGAAUGAAAGACCAAUUGCCAGCUUCAUGCCCUGAUUCGAUCUUCCAGAGCCGUCACCUCCGUCUCAUGGAUGCAGGCAUGAGCAACAACCUCCCCAUUUACCCACUGCUUAGACCAGGUCGAGACGUCGACGUGAUCAUCGCCUUCGACGCCUCAGCCGACAUCAAGCGCGAGAACUGGCUCUCCGUCGUGGACGGCUACGCUCGCCAACGCGGUAUCAAGGGCUGGCCCGUCGGGGCCGGCUGGCCGCGCGAGAGCGAAGAGCCCAAGAUCACCGAGGAGACCCUCCGCGAGCCGCAGAAAAUCUCCGAAGACGAGAUCAACAAGAAGAUGGCGGAAGCCAAAGACAAGAGUACCCACCACCACCACCAAAAGCCCUCAUCGUCUCCUUCUACUCCCGACAGCACCAACCAACCGGGGCUCGCCCAGGGCGAGCAACCUACCCCGAAGCCAGCCCCGAGCCCCAGCACAACCGACCUGGACUACUGCAACGUCUGGGUCGGCACAAAGCAAGAAAUGGUGUCGGACCGCGAGCCGCCGCCGUCGAAACGGCUCUUCCAGCCGCGCCACGCGAGCGACCACUCCGAAUCCGACUUCCACCUCAUGCGGCCCGAUGCAGGCAUCGCCGUCGUCUACUUCCCGCUCCUCCCCAACCCGUCCGCCCCGCAACUCCCGGCCUCCUCCGCAAUGAACCCCUCGCGCACCUUCGCCCGCCCCUCGGAGAACACCACCUCCGCCGCCAAGGUCUCCGACCCCGCCAAACCCCUGACCCCGCACCCGGGCUCCAUCAACCCGGACGUGGACGACUUCCUGUCCACCUGGAAUUUCGCCUACACCCCCGAGCAGAUCGACUCCGUCGUCGGCCUCGCCAAGGCCAAUUUCGCCCAGGGCGAGGACCAGGUCAAGCGCGUAGUCCGCGCCGUGUACGAACGCAAGCGGUCAGACCGGUUACGUCGCGAGGAGGAGGAACACCGUCGCCGGAUGGCGGGGUUUGUUCCCGUUUAAUGGCUACACCUUCCACGAAACCCAUAUCUCAAGAAGGUCUGUUACACUCGUUAUCGAAGCAAGAUAUGAGUGAGUAUACACACACAAGCGGGUUCCUUUCCCAGUUCCACCUGCCGGGACCUUUUGGAAGUCAUUCGCACGACAGAGAAUUGUUAAUCAUUCACAAUAUUUUCCGGUGUUGGCAUGCAUACGAACCUAAGGCAUACAUUUCAUUUUUCCAUAUAUUCCUUUACCCCCAAAAACAACUUGUUUAAGAUGUGAUGUACAUAAGCUUCCAUAUAUUAGCUUUAGAGACCCCUUGAACUCAAUUGAUCCUGCGUCCUGCGCUAC